AUGCCAGAAACCGUGACAGACAUGUUGAGCCGCAGAGUCAAGCUCUCCAAUGGCCUCUCCAUUCCCCAAAUCCAACUCGGCCUCUACAUGAUGUCCGGCCCCGAGACCACCCGCGCGGUCCGCUGGGCUCUCGGCGUCGGCUACCGCGGCUUCGACAGCGCCCAAUGGUACUACAACGAGCGCGAAGCCGGCCAAGCCAUCCUCUCCUUCUUGUCCUCACCCGAAAACACCGCCGGUCUCACCCGCGAGGACGUCCACUUCACCAGCAAGCUGCGCGACAACAGCACCAACUAUGACGCCGUGCGCGCUAGCAUCCGCAAGUCGGUCAAGGAGUGCGGCCUAGGCUACAUCGACCUGUUCCUCCUGCACAGCCCGCUCGGCGGCCGCGAAGCGCGGUUGACCAGCUGGAAAGCGGUCGAGGACGCGGUGCUCGCGGGCGAGGUCAAGAUGGCGGGCGUCUCGAACUACGGCGUCAAGCACAUCGAGGAGCUGAUGGCUGCUCAGCCAAAGGUGGAGCCGGUCGUGAACCAGAUCGAGUGUCACCCGUUUAACACGCAGACGGAGAUCAGAGCCGCGUGCGAGAAGUACGGGAUCGUGAUCGAGGCGUACGCGCCGCUGGCGAGGGGGAUGCGCAUGAGGCAUCCCACGCUGGGGCAAGUGGCGAAGAAGUAUGGGGUUACGCCCGCGCAGGUGUUGGUGAGGUGGUCGGUGCAGAAGGGGUUCGUGACGUUGCCGAAGAGCACGAAGAAGGAGAGGUUGGUGGAGAAUGCGGAUGUGGGUGGGUUUGAGUUGGCUGAGGAGGAUAUGAAGAGGUUGGAUGGGUUGGAUGAGAAGUUGGUUACUGAUUGGUGA